AUUUUUCCCUUUUAAUUUGUUUUUGUAUAUUCAAUCUUAGAAAGCUUUAAUCUCACUCCAGCUUCCAAUUUUGACACUACAGCUGCCUCUUCUCCUCUGCUUCUUCUUAAAACCAAAACAAAUUAAAAAUCACCCAUUUUCUCUCUCUUUUUAAAAGAUAUGGUGAAACUGAAACGUCCACUGAACCAACUCAAGAAUCCCAUUUUGCCCCAUCCCCACUCUUGCCCAUGCAUCUCUAUUCUCUUUCUCCUUUUCCAGCAUUUAAACUUUUAAUUCUUUUAACAAAAAAUAUUAUGUGUUUUUUUUUAUUUAAUUAUAUAAUUUGAUGGUGUCACAUAUACAUGUGUAGAUACGCAAGCAUUUUGAAACUUGACGUCGAAGCAAACUUUUUUCCUAUUUGUGGAAAACUCUUUUUCCUUUCCUCCUUUUACAUCUAACCUAAUCUCUCUCUUAAUCCAAGCCCAACGCCAAGGGGGGCACUGCCACUGCACCACUUCACAUCUUGGAAGCAACAAAUAAUUCUUUUAAAAAGAAAAUAAUUGGGAAAAUUAGAUAUAAUUCCUUCCCCGACAUCCGAACGAGGUAGUGGAAGGGAAGCAACAACUCGAUCUUGAUUUUGCUUUUUAAUCUCUCUCUCUCUCUCUCUCUGUCUAGUCUCUUUUAUUUUAUUUUAUUUUACUUUCUCUCUCUCUCUACCAAAUCAUAUGGUCCUUUUUGUUCUUAUGUUGGAGUGGGAAUUGGCUUCCAAUAAUAAAUUAAACGUAAACCCGAACCACACAGAAAGAGAUCAUGACUUGGUGCAGUGGGUCGGACGACGAGUCGUCUGCCCCAAUUGAGUUACCCAAAUCCUCCAUCGUCCCAAAACCCCAUCAUCCGCAACCCACAGCCCUCCGAUGCCCAUCGUGCGGUCAUCAGAUUGAGUUGCAGGAUCAGGGUGGGAUUCAUAAUUUGCCUGGGCUGCCUGCGGGUGUGAAAUUUGAUCCAACGGAUCAGGAGAUUCUUGAGCACUUGGAGGCGAAGGCAAUGUCUGAUGCUGGAAAACUCCAUCCCUUAAUUGACGAGUUUAUCCCUACUCUUGAAGGGGAGAAUGGGAUUUGCUAUACUCACCCUCAGAAACUUCCAGGUGUGAGCAAAGACGGGCAAAUCCGGCACUUCUUUCACCGACCAUCGAAGGCGUACACAACCGGAACCAGAAAGCGGCGGAAAGUCCACACCGACGAGGAAGGCAACGAGACACGGUGGCACAAGACCGGAAAAACCAGACCGGUGUUGGCCGGCGGCGCCGUGAAAGGCUUCAAAAAAAUCCUGGUCCUGUACACCAACUACGGCCGGCAGAGGAAGCCGGAAAAAACCAACUGGGUAAUGCACCAGUACCACCUCGGCAACAACGAGGAAGAGAAAGACGGCGAAUUAGUCGUCUCCAAGGUUUUUUUCCAGACACAGCCCCGCCAAUGCAGCUCCACCAACAACCUCCAAUCCGAAAUCAACUUCAAAAACUCCACCGCCGGCCCCCACCCGGAUUCCGCCGCCGGACUUGUCGAUUACUACAACGCCGCUUCUAAUUUCAUUACUUUCGACCCCAACUUGGUACUCAACGGCGACGGAUCUUCGUUCAUUCGCUUCCCGCCGCCCGACACCACCAAAAGAAAGCUCGACACCAAACUCUGACAUGUCCCCUAAAUUUCAAAAUUUGGCAUUGGUAUCUCUCUCUCUCUCUAUACUUUUUUGGGUUAUAAUAUACUUUUUUUUUAAUUUUUUUAUUGUUGUUGUGGUGUAACAAUCGAAUAAGUUAUUAGAUACAUCGUAUAUGUAGGUUUGAUGAGGGAGGAAAAAUUGAAAAAAGAAGAAGAAGAAAAGGCAAAUAAGAUCAUUAAAAGGUGGUUAGAUUGAUUUUCUGUGGAGAUCAAUGAAAAAUAAAAUGGGGGAAUAAGAUGAAGAAUCAA